UACGUUUACGUUAAACAUUAAUAAAAAUGACUUUGGUGGCCGCUUUAUGACUUUCUAUUUCGUUUUAUUGAACAUUUCAUUUUUUGCUAUAAAAUCAGUACUGAUUUUUGUACAUGAACGUGAAUAAAUAAUUAUGAGCUUCGCUAUGGCGUUUGUGGACAUGUUCCCAGAGCAGAAGAAACCGUAUUUAAAAAUCAUCAGAAUGCAUGACCCUACACUGAAUGUGAUGGUAUUUUGGCCUACCGCCUGGUGUAUAGAACUGUCCAAUACAAGUGACUCGCCUAAUGUUUAUCUCCUUACGCUGUUCUUUCUUGAAUCAUUUAUUCUACACGGUGCAGGACUUAUUCUAAAUGAUAUAUUUGACAGAUCGAUUGACAGUCAGGUGAAGCGUACUCAAGGGCGACCAUUGCUAACUGGAGAGCUAUCAUUGACAAAAGCAAAAUGUUAUCUCGCCGUUCUUUUGUCAAUAGGAAUAUUAUUACUUUUGCAGUUUAAUUACAUAUGCCUCUGGCUUUUGGCAAUGUGUGCAAUUUCUUCUACCAUUUAUCCGGUAUCAAAAAGAUUCAUGCAUUUCCCGGAGAUAGUAUUAGGUAUAAGUUGUAGUUUUUCUGUGUUGAUAUCUCGGGUUGCUGUGACGGGAGGACUUGAUUGGUCGAUAUCAGUCUUGUUUCUAGCUGGUGUGUUAUAUUGGACUGUUUCAUAUACAAUCUAUAAUAGCCAGGAUAAACAUAUUGAUAAAAGAAUUGGUGUCAAAUCAGCGGCUUUGAAGUUUGGAAAUCUAACAAAAAUAUUGCUGUGGUCGACGAGCUUGGUGUUCGUAAUCUCUCUUGUUAUAACUGGAUACAUAUUUCAACAAACGUUGCCAUAUUUUGUGUCCCUACUUGUGUCAUAUGCAAUGAUAUCACAUAAGAUAGCCUGUGUAGAUCUUAAUGACCCUGAGUCUUGCUUUAAAUAUUACUCUUUCUCAUCAGUCGGACUGGUUAUAUUACUUGGAAUAUUAGCAGGAAAUAUAUUUAAACAGCAACAAGUGUUAUCAGAGUCUGUUUGAAUGAUGUUAAUUUUCUGAAACAUAAAAACACACGAAAUGAAUAAAUAAAUAUUAUUUAUGAGUCGUCAUGAACUUUAAUUUAACCCACUUUAAUUUUCACAGCUUCAUUUACUAUCUAGUAUGUAUUAUUUGAUGUGAAUUUAAUGGUCUUUUUUAGAUUAAUUCACAUUUGUAAAAGAUACAAUCAUGUCAUUUAUUUUUGCAACUACACGAAAUAUUAUUACACUUGUUUAUAUUUUAUAAAACAUGUAUGGUGUUUUGCGUUUAUAAACAUCUUAAAUAUUCAGUUCAUUUAUUAGCAAUUCAAAUGUCUUUGGCAGCUUACAAUAUGAGCAGUCAAAAUAUCUCCUUUGUCUCCAGACAAACAUUCAGAUUUAAAUUGCUUAUUAUAUAUCAGCUUUGAGAUACAUUCUGAACCAACGAUAUCUAGUUUUGUAUAUACUGGUCACAUAUUUCUUGUUUAAGGUGCACUACUAUUGUUAUCACAAUAAGAGAGUAUAGGUUCACACAUUCGUGUCCGGACUAAUAACUUGGCAUACAUGUCUUCUUCAUCAAGACGACUUGUUGGAUCAAAAACCCAUGUCUCUGCCUCCAAGGUCAAGGUCACACUUAUAAUAUGAAAGAUGUACACAUUCCUGUUCGGACUGUAACUUUGUUGUUCAUUGAAGGAUUUUUAAAUAAUUUGGCAAAAGUGACUACAACACCCAGACAAUGUGUCGCAGCUAAGGCCCAUAUCACAAAAUGAUUUUAUGUAUGUUUAGAUAUGUGUAGACAUGUGUUAUAGAUGUAUGUUUGCUGACAAUUUGCUUAAACCUAAUGUGUGUAUGUUAACUUAAUCGUAUCUCAUUGAUUAAUACAUCUUUAAUGUAAUUUUGAAAUGCCAAUUUUCAUUCCUUUUUUAUACAAGUAAAUAAAUUAUAUGAAAAUAUAUUUCAGAUGAUACAAUAUCUUUUUUUAAAUGUUUAGGUAAGACAAAUUACAAGAAUUUGUUAAAUUUAAUUUAAAGUAAAAUUUGUAUAAAUUCAAUAAGAUAACAAAGUAAACAAGCAACUUAUGCAUUAGGAUUUCCGAAAUAGCAUGUUUAUCUUACUAAAAUUGGGUGAAUAUAAAUCACAAUGUCUUAUUAACUUUAUAAAAGAGGAUAAUUGAUUGAUUUUUUGUGGAAAUGCAAAAUUAUUAGCAUAUAAUUGCACGUCGUUCUUUAAUUGUGAUGUUUUGUUUCAUAUCGCGUUAUCUUUUAUUGCUUCUACUUUUGAAUGAAAUUGCUAUUUUAAUAUCAUAUUUUAAGGUUAAAAAAUAGAUAAUAUACAUGUAUUUAAAAAGAAAUAUCUCAGCAAAAUCAUUUAAAAAAAACAACAACAAAAAACAACAACAAAAUCAAUUUCUUUGUUAAGAGGAAAAGAUCUAAUUUUCUUUAAGAUUAUCUGUAUGUUUAAAUAAAAUUCAAGGAAGGUAACCCAAAAACUAGAUCGGCGAAUUCCCUUAUAAUGUUUCCUUUGUAGCAAAUUUUAAAUAAAAGCUAUGUAGACUCUUUUUGAUGUCUGAAAUCGCCCAGACCAUUGUUUAUCUGAACUGGUACCAUGUAAAUUUUGGCAAUGCAUUUAAAUUUAAUAAAUAUGUUCUUACAAUAGUUCUAUAGCUGCGUGCAGUAUUUAAUAUGUCUGAAAUGUAACUUCGAUAUCAAUCAUUUUUGUCUUUGGUGUAUUCUUUUAAUGUUUGAAAACAAUUGAGAUAUAUUAUUUGUAGUUUCCAGACAUUUAUGCCUAAUGGAAUUUUGAUGGUUCAUUUUAAUUUCGGCUUUGUUUACUGAAUAGAACAUAGCUUUUGUGAGCCAAUCUGACUAAGAUCUAUUUGAGUUAUUUGUUGCUUAAUGCAUAGCGUUAUUUAGAAGCUGAUUUUAUUCAGAUUUACAUGUGUACUAAAUCGUUUAUAAAAUAACACAUUUGAAUAUAUGCAUGGUUCUUUUACGACCCGCAUUAGGAACGAGCAAUCAGUUUUUCAAUGUCGGUAUCAGAGUGUGACAUGUAUUUAGUUAUAUGUUUUAUUUCUUAAAUUACAACAGAAUCCAUAUAUUUUUAUAAUUAUAUUCAUAUCGUAUGGAUAUUUAAACGUUCUAUAUGAAAUCGUACACGUGAUAUAAAAAGUAUCACUUAACAAUGGAAAUUCACCAUCCAUAGCAAUAUAAUCAGGGUUUGUGGACGUAUAUGCAUUAAAGUAACCUAAAACAAAAAUAGAAUGACCCGG